AUGCAAUCCCGUAGCCAGCGGGGGGACCCAUUAUUCGACCCGCCACUCGACCCAUCACUCGACCCACCACUCGACCCACUACUCGACUCAUCACUCGACCCACCACUCGACCUACCACCCGACCCACAACUCGACCCACCACUCGACCCAACACUCGAUCCAGCCCUCGACCCACCAUUCGACUCAGCACUCGACCCAGCGCUCGACCCAUCACUCGACCCAUCACUCGACCCACCAUUCGACCCAUCGCUCGACCCACCAUUCGACCCACCAUUCGACCCAUCGCUCGACUCAUUGCUCGACCCACCACUCGACCCACCACUCGACCCACAACUCGACCCACCACUCGACCCACCACUCGACCCACCACUCGACCCACCACUCGACCCACCACUCGACCCACCACUCGACCCACCACUCUGCCCACCACUCGACCCACCACUCGACCCACCACUCGACCCACCACUCGACCCGCCACUCGACCCGCCACUCGAUCCACCAUUCGACCCACUACUCGACCCGCCACUCGACACUUGA